UGUGGUCGACAGGAGAGGAAUUCAAGCCCCCAUUGUUCUGGAGGAGGCAGCGGGAGUCGAACCGACGGACCGACCGACCGGCGCGGACGUGAGCUCAGCCGUGGAGAAGAUGUCCGUGAAGCCGAGGGCAGGAGGGGCGGCGGCGUGCCACGUUUGUGAGGAGCGCUGCUCUGGGUUCCAGCCGCAUCCCUGGAGGAAAGCCUGCGUGUCCUGCGGCUGCGGCGCGGUCGACCACGCCGCGGGAAGCGACGCGGAGGACGACCAGCGAAUGGGACGCCUGCUCGCCGACUCGCCCUGCUCCCAUUUGACGGCGAAGGUCAAAGGAGGCGGCGGCCUCCGUGUGUACAAGAGGAACCGCAUGAUCGUGACCAAUCCGGUGGUGACGCGCAAAGACCCGACCUUCAACACCACGGCGUACGACUGGGCGCCGGCCGGCCUCAACCAGACGCUGGCCAUGCAGUACAUGGAGCUCAUCCCGCAGAGUCAACAUCCCCUGCUGGGGACGGAUGGAGCGUUGGAGCGACGGAGGCAGCUCUCCAGUCAGCUCCCGGCCUACGAUCAGGACCCCAUGAAGUGUCAGAGCCUGGCCAGUGAGGAGGAGAUUUCCUCCAUGCUGCUGUUUGUGAAGAGCUACAAACAGGAGGUGUUAGGAGUCGGGGAGGUGGCCUUGCCCGGUGAGGGCGGAGCUCUGAUGGAAGCGGCCAAUCAGAGGACAGCGAAGGACGCAAAGGACGGCGGCCACAGUGGCAGGAAAGAUGCCGCGGAGCACCGGGACCACGGCUCCUCUAACCACGCCACGGCCUCUGCUACCGGCACCACUAACGGAACAGAUGACCAGAAUGAACAUCGUUGCACCGGUUGCCGCGGCGAGGUCGCCAAGGAGAGUCCAGCCGUUUACGCCGAGCGUGCGGGUUACCAUCACGCCCUGUGGCAUCCCACCUGCUUCGUGUGUUCAGAGUGUGGCCGGGGUUUGGUGGACCUGGUCUACUUCUGGUCUGGCCAGAAGCUGUUCUGCGGACGGCACUACUGUCAGACGGUCUGGCCGCGAUGCUCCGGCUGCGAUGAGUUGAUCUUCUCUCAGUCUUUCCACACGGCAAAAGAUGGACGGACGUGGCAUCGUCAACACUACUGCUGCUGGAAGUGCGGCCAAGACCUGGACACGCCCUGUCAGCACUGAACAAUCUGCAUUACAGAGAAAAGAUUUUUGAGUGUAGUUGGUUUGCUUGUUUCAUAUAGAUUUAGUAAAAAAAAGUAGAGCUUUAAAUCUUUAAUUGUGUGUAUGUGGUGAUGGAGCUGAAGUAUUCUGGUUCUCUCUGGCUCCACCUCCUCCUUUAUGCUUUUCCCUCCUGAAGACCUAAGAUAACUAAUACCGAAACAAAAGGGGCUCAACGUCUUUAAAUUUGAUGUUUAUUUGAGAUGUACUAAUUUAAAAUACUGUUUCCUUCAAGUCCAGUUGAUAUAUGGAUGUUUAUAACACUUUGGACAUCUAGCGGACGUUGAAGUAUUUAAAUACUUGUUCAGUUGAGCCUACUGGCGUUUGAGGUACUUAAGCAAACGUUAAGUUGACAAAAAGUGUUUUGAAGUACUACAACCGACGUCUGGUGGAUUUAUUAGCACUUACAUUGUCGACAGUGACCGGAGCCAGAGCUGCUUUCAGAUACACUGAGCAGCUCAAAGCACCGAGCAGCAGACAGUUUAGGAAACAAAUGAGUAAAUGAAAAUGAGAUGAGAGAUAAAUGAAUUCAAAAAAGUGGUCCAGGCUGGUUUCAGCACUUUCAACCACAUCACACAUACUUCAUGGCGUUUUGAGGAUUUUAUUUCUGUUGUUGGCCCAGAAGUUGAGCUUGAAAGUUCAUUUUCUUGACUUGAAAAGAAAAGAAAAAAUCUUUAGAUUACUUUUUUAAUUGAUUGCUGUUAGAAAAUACUAAUUGCUGACAAUGUUAGCAAUAUUUUGUUGAUGUGAUCAGCUUAAAUGUACCUGUACUUGCAUAGAGCUUCAACACUUAACAUCAUUCUUACACUGAUGGGAGGGGCUAAGGUUCCACCUGCACAGUAACAGUAACUAACUGUUCUUCCAAAAAAAUUAUAUUUUGUUAAUUUUUGUGCAUUUUCCUCCAAAUGUCCAGCAACAUGAGCGAUAAGUGUCCAUGCAGUAUUUAGGCAAAAAUAAUACUUAAAGAUUGUGGUUUGCGUUGAAAUAAAUACAGAAGUGGCGUAACUUAAAGGUACUACAAGAACUUCAACUUUGGGUGGAUUCUGGCACUCCCUGUGGACAAAAGUGGUAGUGUUUUUGAUUUUGUCGCUCUUUAUACUUUCUGGUUCACGAAUACGUGGAUUACAACAUAAUUGAUUUUGUGUGUUGUAUAAUAACGAUACUGCAUUCGUUUUCAUUGGCAUAGCUGUACAAACAGUGAGUGAGAAGCAUUGACGUGUUUAGCACCAGAACUCUAAGUGAGGGGCUAACGGCUAUAUCCAAGCUCUUUAUGAAAUAAUACAUGUUUGGUAUGAACACAGCGAGAUAGGAUAUGCAUCUUUGUUUCGGUAAAAUAACAGAUCACUGAAUUCCACAGUGAAGAGUAAAGAGUGAGUUAUGAUGGGGGCCUCUCGCGCUCGAUGGAAAUCAGGACUAGGAUGCGAUGAAUCAAGUUGAACAGUAUUUAAUGGCAAGGAGUAUAAACGAAAGUUUAACAAAUAACCAAAAGCUCACGAUCGUGGGUUCCGUGGUGAUGCAGGCUCCGCAGGUACAAGCUCCAAGAAAGCAGGUGUUGCUGCCGAACCAGCAUCAAGACGAAGGACGACGUGUGUUAGUUGCAUAUCAGCCAAUCACCUACUCUCAAAGGUUAGUCAAGCCUUUAACACCUUUUCGUUGGAUAAAAGUCCGGAGAGGUCGAAUGUCACUGAACCCCGGGUCAAAACGUCACUUCCGGUCAAGUCACUAAACAAGUAUUUUCACAAUAAAAGUCCCGUCUGUUAUUGUCUGCAUUAAAGUCACUUCACGGGUUCCAACCGGCUUCGACAGUUCUGAAAUACGAAACUAACAUACAUAACAUUACUUGACAUAUACAUAGAGUAAAUAUUACCCCUAUCCUUCAUAACACAUUAACAACAAUAUCAAUAUUCUCCAUAAUAUUUCCUAUUACAAUAUGUUUCUAUAUGUAUUAAUUUAAAGCAUUAGACUCCCUCUGUACAUGUGCAAUAUCAAAAUAAACUAUUACAACCUAACAAGAGUGAACCACAGGAAUCAGAUUAAACUGUUUUAAAUCAGAAGUGAUGGUGUUAAGAGAGAUGUUUUCUUCUGAUCAUGUUUUGACAGCUGAUAGAAUUAAAAGCACUUCUGAUUAAA